AUGGAUUCCAAAGAGGAUGAUAUCCCCAUGGGAAUUCCUCUCAUGCCGAUUCCGAUGUUGGUUAAGCGGAGAAAUACGAGCACCGGUGCUCGUGUCUCGGUGGUUGUCAAGCAGGAGUGGCCGGAGAUGGAGUCGGGGCAGCGCGAAAAGAUUCCCGUCUCGAAGCCACAGAUCUCGUCGAUUGAUGAGGUUCCUGACACGCAGGAGGAGCCUGUUCCGGUGAAAUUCAAGCAGGAGUGCUCCGAUGAGCCGGAUCGGCUAGACGAAUCGAUGCGGCUAAGCGAGGUCGAAACGAUGAGCGUGGUUCCUGAUAGCCUGGGGGAUUUGGCGGAAGAAGAAGCCGAACCGGUUUCGAUUCAGAUCCAGAAAGAAUUGGAACCUGUUUCGGUCCAGGUCCAGAAAGAAGCGGAAUCUGUUGGAUCUGAGGAGGUGGAUGAGGCUGCGACGAUGAGCGAGGUUCCGGACAGCCUGGCUACUAUGAGCGAGGUUCCUGACAGCCUGGCUGAGCAACAAGAGGAGCCUGUUUCGAUUCCGGUGGAGAAAAAAGGAGCUGAUGAGAUGGAUGAGGGCGAAAAGCUCGAGGAGUCUAAGCAUGAGAAGUUAGAGCAGAAUGAGGCUCCGGAUAGUGGCGAAGUCCUAUAUGUGGAACCUAUUUCGACAUUUAUUCCAUUGGAGGAGUAUGAGAAAUACGAAGCGGAGAAGCUUUUUGUGUCGAAGCCGAAAGGGAUAGUGAAGAAGGAGGUUGGAGAUGGGCAAGAGGGUUUGUUUCAGCAGGAAGAUAGUGUGAAGAGAAUCCGGUCAGUUCUUGGGUUUGAAAUGCCUGAAUUUGAGAUUGUUCGGGCACUCUCAGAAUGCGGUGGCAACGAAACUGCAGCCAUUAAUUUCAUCUUUGAAAAUGCGAGGGCGGUUGUUGUUAAGAAAACUGAUCAACAUGCGGAUGCGUUGAAGCCGAAGAGCGUGGUGAAGAAGGAGGUCGCUGAUUGUGAAGUGGUUUCGGUGAAACAGGUGAGGCCACCGAAUGUGGAGGAUGGGGACUUCCCUACGGAGAAGGAUUGGCUUUCGGUGGGAGGGACAGUGGUUACUGCACUUUCGACUUCCAAAGGGAGGAAAUUGGUAGACAAUGAGAUUGUCAACCUCUCUUUUCCUACCGUAAAUUCCAGCAACAAAACCAAGUGGAUUGUUCGUUUCUCAACCAAGCGAUUUGGAGAGAUUGGACGCUUUUCAAUGGAAUGGGCAAAAAGUGUUGUUCCACUUGUACAAUCUGGUAAGGUUAAAGUUCGUGGGCGGUGUAUAGCUGCACCGCCAGUGCUUUCUAUGAUGCAAGAGAUCAUGUUGUAUAUAAGCUUUUAUAUUCACCAUUCAAUUUUCACGGAAGUUGAGAAGCCUUCAUGGAAGCUAGAUGCUUCCCCUAACAUCGAUUCCACUUUAUAUCCUCUCCUCACCCUGUUCAAAUUGUUGAACGUCCAACCGUAUCAGAAGGCUGUGUUCACUCCAGAAGAACUUGAUUCCAGAAAACGUCUCCUGAAUAUUGAACGUAUUCCAAAUGAAGCUCCAUUAGCUUUGCCUGCACCAAAACGAAGAAAGGGUUCCCAACAGGGUUCCCAAAAGAGCCCCGAAGAAAACAAUGAACAAUCCAUUUCUGAGUCAUCUCUAAACAAAAUUGUUGGUGCUGCAAAAGUAUAUGACUUAGAGGAGAUGGAACCCCCAUGUACUCUCAGGUGUGUUCUGAAACCAUACCAGAAACAAGCUCUCUAUUGGAUGUCUGAAUUGGAAAAGGGAAUUGAUGUUGAGAAGGCCCAGAAAAUGCUCCAUCCUUGCUGGGCAGCCUACCGUAUAUGUGAUGAGAGGGCUUCUUCAAUCUAUGUGAACAUUUUCACAGGGGAGGCAACCACAAAAUUUCCAACUGCAACUCUGAUGGCAAGAGGAGGAAUACUAGGAGAUGCAAUGGGACUUGGGAAGACUGUGAUGACAAUUGCUCUAAUACUUGCAAGACCAGGCAGAAAAGGCUCUAAUGAUAUAGAAAUUACAAAGAAGAGGAAGAUAGAUUCAGAUACAACCACCCCAUCAAAACCAAAGGGAGGCACUCUUGUUGUCUGUCCUUUGUCUUUGUUGAGCCAGUGGAAGGAUGAACUUGAAACUCAUUCAGAGCCCGAAAGUGUUUCUGUUUUUGUUCACUAUGGUGGAUACAAAACCACAAACCCCAAGGCUAUCUCAGUACAUGAUGUGGUCUUGACAACAUAUGGUGUCUUGGCUGCAGCUUACAAAAGUGAUGGGGACGAGAGCCUUUUCCACCAGGUUGACUGGUAUAGGGUGGUGCUUGAUGAAGCUCAUACAAUUAAGUCUUCCAAGACCCAAGGUGCUCAGGCUGUUUUCACUUUGUCAUCGCAUUGCAGAUGGUGUUUGACUGGAACUCCUAUUCAGAAUAAUUUGGAAGAUCUCUACAGCCUCUUAUGCUUCUUGCAUGUUGAACCAUGGUGCAAUUGGGCAUGGUGGAACAAAUUAAUCCAAAGGCCUUAUGAGAGUGGAGAUCCAAGAGGACUGAGAUUGAUAAAGGCCAUUUUGAGACCACUGAUGUUAAGAAGAACAAAAGAAACAAAAGAUAAAGUGGGAAGGCCCAUACUUGUUCUCCCUCCGACUGACAUUCAAACCAUUGAGUGUGAACAGUCAGAUGCUGAACAUGACUUUUACAAUGCCCUUUUCAGGAGAUCAAAAGUCCAGUUUGAUCAGUUUGUAGCCGAAGGUAAGGUUCUUCACAACUAUGCAAAUAUCCUUGAACUGCUACUUCGAUUGAGGCAGUGUUGCAACCAUCCAUAUCUUGUCAUGAGCGGGGGUGACUCACAAAAGUACGCAGAGUUGGACAAGCUUGCAAGAACAUUUCUUGAAGCUAAUCAGGAUUCUUCAACUUCAAAGCAGGCUGUCCCCAGCCGAGCAUAUGUUGAAGAGGUUGUUGAGGGUAUCCGUAAGGGUGAACACAAAGAGUGUCCCAUAUGCUUGGAGUUUGCAGAUGAUCCUAUACUUACACCAUGCGCCCAUAAGAUGUGCAGGGAGUGUCUUCUCUCAAGCUGGGGAAGACCAGCUAGUGGUCCAUGCCCAAUAUGUCGGCGAUUGAUAAAAAGAACUGACCUCAUAUCUUGCCCAUCUGAAAGCCGCUUCCAGGUUGAUUUUGUGGAAGAUUGGACGGAAUCUUCAAAGGUUGCAAAGCUCUUGGAUUGCUUGGAACAUAUUCUUCAGUCAGGUUCUGGUGAAAAAAGCAUUAUUUUCAGUCAGUGGACUGCAUUUUUGGAUCUCUUGGAGAUCCCUAUGAAGAGAAGAGGAAUCGAGUUUCUUAGGUUUGACGGGAAGCUGACACAACCACAGAGGGAGAGGGUUUUGGAUGAGUUCAAUGAGUCCACAGUGAGAAGGGUGUUGUUGAUGUCUUUGAAAACUGGUGGUGUUGGUCUUAAUUUAACUGCCGCAUCUAAUGUCUUUAUAAUGGAUCCAUGGUGGAAUCCUGCGGUUGAGGAGCAAGCAAUAAUGAGGAUUCAUCGCAUUGGACAAAAACGUACAGUCACUGUUAGAAGAUUUAUUGUCAAGGACACGGUGGAGGAACGCCUGCUACAAGUUCAGGCCAGGAAGCAGCGAAUGAUUGCCGGAGCUCUAACUGAUGAGGAAGUUCGAUCUGCUAGAAUUGAGGAGCUCAAAAUGCUGUUCACAUAA